CCGGAAUCGGCGGCCUAAUGGCAGGAAUCGGGUUCCGGCAGCAGGGGCACCAAGUCACUAUCCUCGAAAAGUCGCAUCUGGCCAGCGAAGUCGGCGCCGCGAUCCACCUGGCGCCCAACAGCAGCGUGCUGCUCGAGCGAGCCGGGCUGUCACCGAAAGAGUUUGGAGGGACGUUGCUUGAGAGGAUGGAGAAGCGGACGUCGUCCGACGAGUGCGACUUCGCGCAAGAGUUCGCCGAGGCGCGGAAGGGCUGGCAGGCUGAAUGGUAUCUCGUGCACCGCGUAGACCUGCACAGCGCGCUCAAAGCCGCCGCAACGUCAAGAGGCUCCGACGGCAACGGCAGCCCCGCGCAGCUGCUGACCGGAUCCGCGGUCGCGAGCGUCGACGCCGCCACCGCGACCGUGGUGCUGGAAGACGGACGAACGCUCCAGGGGGACGUUGUGCUCGGCGCUGACGGCGUGCACUCCAAAACCCGGCAGCACGCCGCGCCCGGCGCCCGCCCCGUGCCCUCGGGCAAGAGCUGUUUCCGGUGGCUGCUCCCGCGCGCCGCACUGCGCGCAGACGCGGCAACCAACACAGUGGCCGCGCAAACGGGGACGAUGAUCGAGUGGGCCAGCGCCGACAGGCGCGUCAUCAUGUAUCCGUGCUCGGGCAACACGCUCAUGAACUUCGCGGCGUUUGUGCCGGACGAGGAGGUCGCAGGCGGCGCUGAGGCCGUUGGUGGUGGCAGCUGGAGCCAGACGGCCGACAAGAGCGCCAUGCUCGCGUGCUUUAAAGACUUUGCGCCGGGGGUCCAGCGGCUGCUUGAGAUGGCGCCGGAGGGAAACUUGAAGGUGUGGCGGAUGCUCGAUAUGCCGGAUCUUGGUGGGUGGACGAACGAGCGGUUUGCGCUGCUGGGCGACGCUGCGCAUCCGUUUAUGCCGUACUUGGGACAAGGCGGCGCAAUCGCCAUCGAGGACGCGGCGUCGCUGGCGGCGUUGUUCCCCCUCGGAACGCAGAGGUCAGAGGUCGCGGAGCGGCUGCAGCUGUACGAGACGUGCCGCAAGGAGCGCGCGGACCGCAUCCGCCAUUUCACGCGGUUGAAUGGCAGAGAUCCGUCCGGCAAGCAGGGGCCUAGGCCUAGUGGCGAGGAAGCUAUGGCGUUCUUGCGGUACGCUAUUUCUCACGACGAGGGGGAGUAUUCGUCUAGUAUGCUGGAGGAACAUCUGCGUGUGAGGUCCAGCUUGUAAGGAAGGGAUGGGGGGUGGUAAUCCAAGUUGAUCGCGCUGGGACGUCAGGUAAAUUGUUCGUCCGUGACAGGUUUGUACCAGAUUGUGUAUAUAUAAUAGUACUGGGUCAUCUUUCUUUGAGUAAGGACUGGUGCAAUUAAGGACAGAAAAUACCAAAAUUACUCGAAGA